CCAAGAAGCAUGGCAACCAAGUGACCUCACCGCCGAAUCCGAAAAGCUAGAUAAGGUUCACCUCCCCCCUCCCCUCCCUCAGUUGCAGCCAUAGUAUCUACUCAACUUUUGUAUAUAUUAAAAACCCGAAACUCCUUUGCUCAGCCUUUGGAAAAGAAACAGAAAACACUCUGUCUAUAACCCUUGAAUAAAGAAAACACAAAAGCCAGAAAUGCAGCUCACGACGCUCGCCGCCGGCCUUCUGGCCCUCGCCGCCUCCGCCUCGGCGACCCCCGUCAUGGGCACCAUCAAGAUGUUCUUCGACCCAGACUCCGACUGCACCGGCACGCCGAUCCCCAUCAACGGCGACGGCUCGUCCGUGGCGAUCCCGCCCGACUACGUCGGCCAGUGCCACCGCAUCCCCGCCGGCUUCGGCAACAACACCUACAAGAGGUUCUCCGCCAGCGGCCUGACUCCGAUCUUUAACUUCGAGCUGUACACGGACUCCGGGUGCCAGAACCUCGCCACCAACGCCUCCAACGUCUGCGUGUCCGACGUCAAGUCUUACAUCGGCCGUCGCCGGGACGGCAACUGAACGGGCGUAGGGAACCGGCACUCCCCCCGCCUGUGCUCGCGAUACGAACGCCGCCUCGAUGCCUGCCGGUACGGAACGGGAGGCCGCACCAUUACCACUUAAUCUGUAGACAGUAAGAGGGAUCACUGGCCGUAACGACGCAGAGGGGGUUGUAUGAUUAUGGCAGCUCUCACCGCUACAUGAACUAGCCGAGCCUAGCUUUAGAGAAAGCCGCCUUCUCUCGGCUGGACUCUAACCGCGGAUCCUAGAACCACGACUUGAUGGGCCAGUGAUCAUGUGCCAGAGUCGAUUAAUGAUUCCUGUACACCUUGGGGUUUUAAAGAAGCUAGCCUAAUACAAAUGAUACCC